CUUCCCUUGGAUGAGCCAGCCUGUCAAGCGAAGGGUGGACAGCCUCUCGCUUGUACAUCAUCUCCCUGCGAAGCUGCAGCCUGGCACAAUUCUCCAAAAAGCUUUUUGGGAUCGAGACUUCCUCGCCGUAGUUUUGAGUUUGCUUGUCUUCUCGCUACUCCAAUAAAAGAAGGGAUACGAUGGGUCUGGGGAAUGUCUGGAGGAACAUCUGGAGUUACGAGACCCCAAAAGUGAUUGUGGUGAAGAAUCCUAGCCUAGGCAUCAUGUACAGGCUGGUCCAGCUCCUGAUCCUGGUUUACUUCAUCUGGUAUGUGUUUAGCAACCAGAAGGGCUACCAGGAGUGGGAAUCCGGUCCAGAGAGCUCCGUCAUUACGAAAGUCAAGGGGGUCACCUUCUCACAGCGCAAGGUGUGGGAUGUGGAGGAAUAUGUGAAGCCCCCAGAGGGAGGCAGCAUCUUCAGCAUCAUCACCCAUGUGGAAGUGACCUCUUCACAGACCCAAAAGACCUGCCCGGAGAACCUGAGGGCCUCCUGCACGUCCGAUCAUGAAUGUGCCAGGGGAGAGGUUGAGGUGCUGGGGAACGGAAUGAAGACAGGGCGUUGUGUCCCCUACAACAUCACCAAGAAGACCUGCGAAGUUAUGUCCUGGUGUCCCGUGGAGAACGAGGCAACUUUCAGUGAGAGUUUGGCAACAAUGGCUCCAGAGUUCACCAUUCUGAUCAAAAACAGCAUCCAUUUCCCUCGCUUUCACUUCUCCAAAGAGAACGUCAAGGACAACAGAGAUGGAUACCUGAGGAACUGCACUUUCAAUGAAGCCACAGAUCUUUAUUGCCCCAUCUUCAAGUUAGGCUUCAUUGUGGAACAGGCAGGCGAGAACUUUUCCGAACUGGCUGAAAAGGGCGGGGUGAUCGGUGUGAUCAUUAACUGGAAUUGCGACCUUGAUCUGCCAGAGUCUGAGUGCAACCCCAGAUACUCCUUCCGCAGGCUGGACCCCAAAUGGACUCAAGUUUCCUCCGGCUACAAUUACCGAUUUGCAAAAUAUUAUCAGCAAGGUGGACGAAGCACACGCACCUUGAUCAAAGCCUAUGGAAUCCGCAUUGAUGUCUUGGUGCACGGGCAGGCUGGGAAAUUUAGCCUUAUUCCUACCAUCAUCAACCUGGCCACGGCCUUCAUGUCCAUCGGAGUGGUAUCCUUCCUCUGUGAUUGGAUAUUGCUGACUUUCAUGAAUAAGAACAAGGUGUACAGCACCCGAAAGUUUGACCAGAUAUCAAAGAGUCCCAAGGCCUCUGUGAACAUUGAAUUCAGUGCCACCCAUUUCGGCCCCCAAUGCCCUCUGAGGCCCUAGACUACCUUUUCUGUCCAAUCUGCCUUGGUUAUGUCUGCAUCUGAUGACUUUGCCUCUUCCCAGAAAAAGCUCCCUCUACCACGUGUGUCAUCGGAGCUGCCAAGGAGCCCUCCUGUUCACCGAAUCCAUUUCCAGAAUCCAUUUGCUCUCCUGCGAAUUAUUCGAGGGAAGAGAGAAUGGACUAAUUCAGGUUAACUAAUUUUAUUAAAAGAUGUAAUAAGCCUUUCUGAGCUGCACAAAAAUGGUAGCCUGCAAAGUGGCUACCAGAUUCCUUGUUUUUUUGGCUAUGCUGGACUAACGUGGCUAGCGUACAAAAGAAAAGAACCUGGACAUUUUUCGUCCUGGCUAAAUACAGACUGUUUUUAAUCUCUAUGGAAAGUUUGGGAAGAAAAAAGGGGAUGCUGGCAACCAACUCACGUUUAUGACGGUUGCAGCGUCCCAGGGUCAUGUGAUCAAUCCCCUUUCGCAACUUUCUGGCAAGCAAAGUCAUUCACCAUUUGACUAAUUUAACGACUUCAGCGAUCCGCUUAGCAAAUGUGGCAAGAAAAGCCGUAAAACAGAGCAAAAACCCACUUCGCAAAUGACUCACUUGGGGUGGCAAGUGAAUUAGGGGCUUGGACUCAAGUUAACCUCAAGGAUACAGUCUCUGUAUUCAAAAGAGUCCAGAAACGCUGGAAAUAAAUCCCAAGUUCCAUUCCACGGAAA